AUGACGAAAGAAGGAAUUCAGGAAGAAUUGUAUCUAAAACCUGGUGAAAUCGAUGCAGGUACUUCAAUCAUUGCCGUACGAUUUAAAGGAGGUGUUGUAUUAGGUGCUGAUUCACGUACAUCAACUGGUAUCUACGUGGCAAAUCGUGUGAGUGAUAAGCUCACCCCACUUCAUGAUCGUAUCUUUUGUUGCCGAUCGGGUUCCGCAGCUGAUACACAAGCAUUAAGUGAUUAUGUGCGUUAUUAUUUAAGCUCACAUAGUAUUGAACUUGGACAGUUACCAAAAGUUACGACAGCUUCAAAUCUCUUUCGUUCUCUCUGUUAUCAUAACAAAGAUCGAUUACUAGCUGGGAUUAUUGUAGCUGGAUGGGACCCUGUUAAAGGUGGUCAAGUGUUUUCAAUUCCUAUUGGAGGGGCAAUGAUAGAACAGGAAUUUGCAAUUGGUGGAAGUGGUUCAACGUACAUUUAUGGUCUUGUGGAUGCUGAAUACAGAUCGGAUAUGACAAUGGAAGAAUGUCAGAUAUUUGUCAAGAAAGCAUUGGCACAUGCCAUGGCUCGUGAUGGGAGUUCCGGUGGAGUGAUUCGAACGGUUACGAUUACGGAACAUGACGUCGUACGUGAAUUUACGAGUGGGGAUGACUUGCCUUUUUCGAUUUAG